AUGGGCAUGAAUGUGUUCGACACAGUCCGACGCGACCAGAAGUUUACGCUUCAAGACUUGGGAAUAUUGUCCUCUGUGGGCCCCGACGGCAAGGAGCGAUGGACCAUUCAGCUCGAUGAGGGCACAAACAGCGACCUGAACAGCUCUCAGGCUACCUUCAACAAGUCGACUGGCCGGUGGAUGCUUACAAACUCGGAACCAACAAAACUGCCUAUUCUCAUUGAUGAAGUUUCUACCCAACUUUCUACGCCGUUCUCUUCUCAACUUUCUCUCGACAGUUCUGCCCAGUCCUGGACGCAACUUCUCCCCAUAAGCAACGAAUGGCAAUGGUUUUUGACCGGAGUCGACUGGGCUCUUACAGAAUUUGGACCCUUGGGAACCUGGCCCAUCUCCCUGAGAACCGCGGUCAACCUAUUGUUCGCAGAGCCCGGUCCGGCUGUCAUCUACUGGGGUCCGUCACUUUGUGCUUGUUUUAACCAGAGGGCAUAUGAAGAUGUCACAAAACGGCUCAAAGGUCAUGCUGGCAUUCAAGGUAGACCUUUCAAGGAAGUGUGGAAGGAAGUGUGGCCUGACCUGCAACCUUUCUAUGAUACAAUGCAAGAGCUGAAGCAUGGUUUGGAAAAUCUGAAUGUAGCGGUAUACCCAGAGCAGCCUGACGGUCGCAAAGAAGAGACGUUCUGGGAUGGGGCACUUCUUCCCAUACGAGGGGAAAAUGGUCAAAUCACUGGAUUUUACAAUAGGGCGACAGAGACUACCACCGAAAAAAUCAGCAAGAGGAGGUCAGACACCCUCUAUGCAAUAUCUGCCUCACCUGAAGACGCCAACGGCUCGGUAUGGAAGCACGUCAUCGACGCACUCGGAACAAACGAGCAGGACUUUCCCAUGGCAUUCGCUUAUUCCGCGGAGGAUAGCACUUCGGCCUGCCUGUUGACCUUACGAGGAUCGCUCGGUCUCCCUCCAGAUGGUCACCCUCUUGUCCCAGAGCGCGUUGACAUUUAUGACGGGUCAACAGGCUUUCCCUUCUUCUACCGCAAAGUGAAGACUACACAUAAACCAGUUGUUCUUCACAAAGCCGACGGAUCCCUGCCUGAUGGACUUCUCGAUGGCUUUGCCUGGCGCGGCUAUGGUGAAGCUCCAGUCACCCUGAUUCUGGUACCAGUAUCUGUCAGCACCGCCCUACUUGGCAUCAUUGUCUUCGGAUGGAGUCCGCGAAGGCGAUAUCAACCUGCAGACGACGCCUUUAUCAAUGCUAUUUGCCGGCAAGUGUCAGCGACGAUAGCAUUUGCCAUUGACCGCGAGGAAGCCCACCAACGUGCCGAGAGGAUCACAAUGCAAUUAGCCCACCGGGAGAGGCAAAUCAGAGAGAUUGCAGAGCACGGUCCUGUUGGCAUGAUUCGCGUCACCCCGGACGGAAAUAUCGUAUGGGCAAACUCACAGUUCUAUGCCAUCACCGGCCAUUCGGUCGAAGACCAGUAUGAGUACUCGUUCGCCGAAGUGCUCCAUCCCGAUGAGCGUGAAUUUUGUAUGGAAAAUUGGUCCGUCAUGGUCGAUCAGCACAAGUCGAUCGAGCAGGAAUUCCGCCUGAACAGAAAGUGGCUCCCACCGCCCACUGCAGGGAAUCCCAACCCACAGGAAGAGAAUUGCUGGAUCUUGGCAAACGCCUUUCCGGUCAUGGAUAACGGCGUCACCCACAGCGUGGUUGGCUGUGUCACCGACAUCAGCCGUACUAAAUGGACAGAGGAGAUUCAAAGUCGUCUGGCGGUUGAAGCAACGGAAGCCCGCAGACUCCAGGAGGCCUUCAUUGACGUGGUUUCACAUGAGAUGAGGAACCCUCUGUCAGCCAUCACUCAACUUGCAGAUGGGAUUGCCUCCUCUCUUGACAACAGUCAUGGUCAAAAGCACGAUUCCAAGCACGCCGUGCUCGACAUACUUCGGGAAAAUGUCGAAAAUGCGAGAACAAUCCUGCUCUGCGCCGCCCACCAAAAGAGAAUUAUCGACGAUGUGCUUACCCUGUCCAAACUCGAUUCUCAACUUCUUUCAAUCACUCCGGUCGUGGCCCAACCACACGCUGUGGUGGAUUCUGCCCUGACGAUGUUCCACGCCGAGUUCGAAACAAAUUCCAUCGUCGUCGAAAAUAUAGCAGACGACAUGUAUGCCAAAUGUGGGGUGGAUUGGGUUUCAUUGGAUCCGUCGCGUCUUACGCAGAUAUUCAUCAAUCUCCUCACCAACGCCAUCAAGUUCACGAAAAUGGAACAGGUCCGAAAAAUCACUGUCCGACGGUCAGCCUUCCUCACUCUUCCGCCGCCGUCUUUGCAAGGUGUCAAAUGGUUCCGAAGCGAUCACCGCAGAAGAGAUAUAACUUCGUCAGGAGAUUGGGGCGAUGGUGACCUUGUGUAUCUGCUUUUUUCCGUGUCGGACACGGGAAAGGGCAUGGAACAGGAAGAAAUGGCAAGACUGUUCCACCGUUUCCAACAAGGAACGGAAAAGACCCACAUCAAAUAUGGUGGAUCGGGCCUUGGACUGUUCGUCUCCCGCGAGCUUACAGAGAACAUGGGGGGUGAGAUUGGCGUUAUCUCUGCGCCUGGGAAAGGGAGCACCUUUGCGUUCUACAUCGAGGCACGCAAAGCAGCAUCUUCACAAGAUCACGCACAAAUUCUUAAAUCUCCAACAUCACCGGCUAUCUCACGACGGCCAUCGCUGUCGCGCCGAAUCACAGGUCCGCACCCCCAGCAGAUCCACCCGCCCCUGCCAGAGGAGCCACCGCCCGUGCGAGUCCUCCUGGUCGAGGACAAUGUUAUCAAUACCCAAGUGCUCACCAAGCAGCUCGAACGCAUGGGAUGUACGGUGCACACGGCGAACAACGGGGCCGAAGCGUUGGAUUUCCUCCCACGACUGAGAGCGUGGCACAGCCAAAACCAGAGCGCCCCCGAAAGUGAAGACCCAUCUUCGAACCUCGACAUCGACAUCGAUUGUAUAUUGAUGGAUGUCGAAAUGCCAGUCCUGGACGGCCUCAGCUGCACCCGACGGAUCCGCGAGCUGCAGGACCAAGGUACCCUGACCAGGCAGGUUCCCAUCAUUGCUAUAACGGCGAACGCGAGGGCCGAGCAGAUCGAUGCGGCGUUCGAGGCUGGGGUUGAUGCCGUGCUACCGAAGCCGUUCCGUGCCAUUGAUGUGCUCUGGAAAAUAGACGAGUUGAUUAACGGAGAUACCCCUGCAUAG